AAACAGAGAACUUCUCUAAAACCAGCAGGAUUUGUCGUCGGAGGCGAUGAGCUUCACUUUCAGGUCCCAAGCCCAAACGUCAGGUGGAUCUGGGCCCGGUUCCGGCAGCAGAACCACCAUGGAGAACCUGGAGAAGCAGCUGAUCUGCCCCGUGUGUCAGGAGAUGUUCUCCAAGCCUGUGGUGAUCCUGCCCUGCCAGCACAACCUGUGCCGCCGCUGUGCAGGCGACGUCUUCCAGGCAGCCAACCCUCUGUGGCCUCCACCUCGCAGCCCCUCCAGCAUCACCUCCAGCAGCGGACGCUUCCGCUGCCCGUCCUGCCGCCAUGACGUGGUCUUGGACCGCCACGGAGUCUACGGCCUACAGAGGAACCUGCUGGUGGAGAACAUCAUCGACAUCUGCAGACAGCAGGAGGCCUCCAGGCCGGUGAGCAUGAAGCAGCAGCAGCUGAUGUGUGAGGAACACGAGGAGGAGAAGAUCAACAUCUACUGCCUGUCCUGCCAGACGCCCACCUGCUCCAUGUGCAAAGUGUUCGGGCAACACAAGGACUGCCACGUGGCUCCGCUCAGCAGCGUCUACCUCAGGCAGAAGGCGGAGCUGAGCGAUGGGAUUGCAGUCCUGGUUGCCAGCAACGACCACAUCCAGACGGUCCUCUCUCAGAUGGAGGAAAUGUGUCGCAGCAUCGAGGAAAACGGACGCCGUCUGAGAGAGCACAUCGCCGACCAAAUGGACGGCCUGGCGUCGGUGCUGGAGGAGAGGAAGCAGGAGCUGGUUGGGCUCAUCUCCAAACACCAGGACCUCAAACUGAAGCACGUCCGGUCCCGAAUCUGUCGGCUCAACCGUCAGCUGGAGGCCGCAGGCGGGCUGAUGGAGUCGGCCGUCCGGUCCAUGGAGGAGACGGGCGAGGCUUCGUUCAUCCAGAGUUCAACGGUCAUACUGGAACAGAUGGCCAUGAUGAUGAAGACCUCCGGCACCGAGCGACCGGAGCUCGGGUACGAGAGCACGAAGCACAUCGUCAUGGAUACGGACCACUUCGUCGACGUGCUGAGGAACAUCGACUUCUGCUUCUGUUUGGGAGAUGAAGAAGACCUGGAGGAGGACGAGGAGUUGGACCUCGGCUCCGAACAUCGAGACCCGACACGUUGAAUUAGUUUUGGAUUUGAAAAAGACGCCCUGAUGAUUCGUGCUGGAGACGAACACCUUUUAGUUUCAUGGAGGCUGCGGUCUGUUUGCGUCUGGUUGUGAGACUUUGGAAGUCGAACUCUGGUCUCCAACAUUUUAUCACCAUUAACCAAACGGGACCAGGACGAAAGGAUUACUUUAAUCCUGCGUGUUUUUUCUACUAAACAUGACGUUUAAAAGACGAUCAGGAGGAGGAGCCUGCGAGGAGGCUAAACUCUACAUUUAGACAUGUACGUUUUAUUUUUAAUACUCCUAUAGCUUCCUGUCUUACUGUAAAAUUCACACUAGAAGGUUAAGAAAAUAUUAGUUUUUUUGUUUCGGCUGUAGUUUAGAAACUAAAACCUACAGUUUGCUCCUCUUGUUUUAGCUCCAGGUACUAACAAACCUACAUGUGUAAAAAACAACAGUACAAAGUUUGUAUAAAAACAAUAAAGUCUCCAGUUAUGACAAAA